CUGCGAUUCACUGAAGUCAGAGCGACGGGACCCGGAGACAAACCUAAGCUGGGACAAUUCACGGAGCCUUAUGCCGCCGGGAUCCUCGACCGUAGGGAACAUGUACACACCCACUGAGCACAGAAUCCGUCUUUUUCUCCAUUAAUGAACGAAAAAGGAUACCUCGGAAUCCGAUAACCGCUUUUAGUUUGUACUUCAGAGUUUGAUGCAUCCGAAGGGUUUUUUCUGAACUUAAUGUUCCAAAUGAGAAUGAUUUUUGCUAACACUGGAACCCCACCCAGAACUUCGUAUCGCAAACAGCUGCCUGCAGCUCCACUGUCCCAGCUCAUGGCUCCGCCCAGCCCCAGCACCAACAGCAGCAGCACCGGAGGCUGGGACCAGCUAAGUAAAACAAACCUCUACAUCCGAGGCUUGUCCCCUUCGACCACAGACCAUGACCUGGUCAAGCUUUGUAAGCCGUAUGGCAAAAUCAUUUCAACGAAAGCCAUUCUUGACAAGACUACAAACAAGUGUAAAGGAUAUGGCUUUGUGGACUUUGACAGUCCUGCCGCCGCUCAGAAGGCCGUGGCUGCCCUGAAGACAAGUGGUAUCCAAGCUCAGAUGGCAAAGCAACAAGAACAAGAUCCAACCAAUUUAUACAUCUCCAACCUACCUCUGUCCAUGGAUGAGCAAGAGCUGGAGAACAUGUUGAAACGAUUCGGCCAAGUUGUUUCCACACGCGUCCUGAGGGACUCCAGUGGAGUCAGCAGAGGAGUGGGCUUUGCCAGGAUGGAGUCGACAGAAAAAUGCGAGGCCGUCAUUUCUCACUUUAAUGGAAAGUUCAUCAAAACACCUGCAGGGGUUUCAGCGCCGUCUGAACCGCUGCUGUGCAAGUUUGCUGAUGGAGGACAGAAAAAAAGACAGAAUCCAAAUAAAUUUGGUCAAAAUGGUCGCGCCUGGGCUAGAGACAGCGACUGCAGACUAGCUGGAAUGACGCUCACAUACGACCCCAGCGCCGCUGCUAUGCAGAACGGAUUCUUUCCAGCACCCUACAGUAUUUCCAGCAGGAUGAUUGCUCAGGCGUCCAUGUCUCCCUACAUGUCUCCUCUUUCAGCGUAUCAGGUGCAGAGUUCCUCCUGGGUGCCUCAUCAAGCCUAUAUCAUGCAGCACCCAGGUGCAGUAAUAUCGCCAUCUAUAGAUCCGUCUGUGCAACUGCAGCAAACUUCCAUCAUGGCCCCCCUCUCUCAGCAGAUGAGCCACUUGUCACUGGCCGGACCAGGAUCGCAGUUUAUGGCUGCAACCACACCUGUGCAGGGAGCGUAUAUCCCACAGUACACACACAUGCAGACGGCAGCUGUUUCUCUAGAGGAAAGUAUCGGACAGUCACAAGUGGAUUCCUCUAGUAAUCAUUCCUCUUACUCCUACCAACAAACCAAAUAGGGCUGAGAUUACUUUGAACACUUGAACAAUUGCAAGAAAAGUUCUUAUCUACAAAUCCAGCGGACACAAAAGACCAUUUUCUAGGAUUGGAAAACAUUUGAGGAGGACUUUUUAUUUUUGCUCUCAUUUUCAAAUGAUCCAAAAUUCAUCAAAUGAAUCAUAUUCUAUUUAAAGAAGUUUUAUUUUCAUACUAGAAAAAUGUUUAUUUUUACUAGGGGUUGCCAAAAAAAAUUUAAAAAAAGCUAAAAAAAAAAAAUCAUGUUUCUAGUUGUAAAAAGUGCAUGCUGUUAAAAAAAAUCUUUUGUUAUUUUUUUUUUUCCAAAAUGUUGCAUUUGCUGUGUUAAUGCUUUUAUGGUGAAAUGUCUUAAUUUCUGGUAUGAGAUUACUUUUUAAAGAACAUCAGUAUGAUUGUGAGAUUUGCCUUAAUCGUUUCAGUCCAAAAAUUGUGCAGAGCAGAGAAGCAUAGAGCAGAAAAGGUUCGGAGAGAUCAGUAAUAGACAAAUUCAAACGUUUUUUUAGUUCAAACAGUCAAACAAUUGACUCCAUAUUACAAUUUUACAAGUUAAACACAUAUAUUUUUUAAUUCCCUGAAAUGUUUGGAUGUUGAGUGGUCCUGCAACAGACUGGCGACCUGUGCAGGGUGUACCCCGCCUUCCCCCAACAGAAGCUGGGAUAGGCUCCAGCAACCCUGUGACUCUGCAACACAGCUUUUCUUAAAAGAUUUUUAAAAAUUGGCACCAUAGAGUUGUUAAAAUACAUUUAGUGGGACUGGAAUGGAGGACAGGUUUUCGUUUGCUGGUUAAACUUGUUUUUUGAGUGAAAUUCUUUUUCAUUUUGAUGUUUUCCCCCUUUAUCGGAACAACAUCCUGAGCAAAGAACCACCGCAAACUGAAAAAAUGAAAAGCACGACAAACUCUGGACAACCUAAGGAGUUCAAAUUAGAUGUAUGUGUGUUGCACCUUAACCUUUUGUUCGGCACUUUUGAUUGUAAGAUAGUUUUGUGCUGAUUGUAAUAUGAUGUUGUGCUUUUGAGAACACAACAUUAUGUUUUGUGACUCUGCAAACUUAAAUUACUUCGAACCGCU